GUACCAACUAUAGCUGAUGAGUCUGAUAAUGUUAAAACUUAUAAUUUUUUUACAAAAAAUUUGUAUAUAAAUGAGAUUAGAUAUUCUUCAAUACUAAUUAAAUAUCCUUCUACUUCUUUAGAAGGUAUUGCAAUUGUAUAUAAUAUUUCUAAUUGGAAUAAUUAUAAUAUUCAAUAUAAUAUGGGCGAUAGUAGUAAAAAUAAAAUUAUUAAAUAUGAAUAUCUGGGAUGUAAAGUAAAUAAAUUAGUUAGAAUUUGUACUAGUACCAAAGUAUACAAAUUUGUUUCAAGUAAAUUAAAAGAAAUACAACAUACUGAAGUUAAUGAAAAUUUAGAUUUUUAUAAAUUUAAUCAACUUGUUGAUUUACAAACUUCAAAAAAAGCCAAAACACAUGUAAAAUAUUUAGCAUAUAUAAACUUUAAAUAUCCUUAUAAUUUGUCAACUUAUGAAAAUGAAAUUGAUAUUAUAUUAUUAGAAAAAUUAUUUAAAGAAAAGCCUGUAAGUCUUAAAAGAAAAGAAAAAAUUAUCAAAUUAAAUUGUGAUAUUAAAUUUAUUAAACUUAUUCUAUUGGAUUUAAAAAUAACUCUAUUUGUUGUUUUAGUAUGCAAAGGAGUUCAUACUCAUCUAGUAUCACCACUAAUUAAUAUUCUAACUGAAAUUCAAGCAAACUUAGAACAUAUAAUUAAUGAAGCUUCUCAAAUAUUUGAAUGA